AUGGCAUCUGGCCAAGAGAAGGAUAUGGCAAGGGAGGAAGGGCCCACUGCACCUAAUGAGGUGGUGAACAAUGCUGCUGAAAUUGACUUCAAUCAAGAUGAGGCAAUGACUGAUCUUGAGUUGGAUAAUAUUGAGGACCUGGACCUGGACCUUGGAGAUGAGCAUAACCAUGGUGAAGCUGAGAACCAUGGUGAAGCUGAGAACCAUGGUGAAGCUGAAAACCAUGGUGAAGCUGACAACCAUGGGGAAGAGGAUAACACCGGUGGAAGGGAGGCCACUGCUGAUGAAAAUGACUUCACUGAGGGUGAAGACAUGACUUAUCCUAUCUCCGAGGAGAUUGUCCAACUCCAGGCUAAAGUGGCAACUCAUAAUAUCACAAUCCUGCAGCAGCAAACGUCCAUUGAUGGACUCAAAAAGCACACUCAGGACCUCGAGGCUAGGCUGCGCAUUACCAUGAAGGAGGUUACUGCGUUCCGUCGCAGCCUGGGCACUAAAAACCGCCAAAUUGAGUGGCUUCAGAAGACUUGCAAUAAUCUGCAAGCAUCAUUCAACAAGUUCAGUGAGCAGUUGACCCAUCUUAGGAGGGAGGGUAUUUACGAACCUCCUCCUGGGCGUAGGCCCGCUCCUGCUGCUCAGCCGGCUCCUGCUUCGCCCGCACCUAUGCCGGUAGGCGCUGCGACGGCUAUGCACCAGCCACCUCCAACCGAGACCUCGCCCUUUGGGUCUCUCUCGGCGCCUCUGCCUGAGUUUAACCAUAGCAAGACGGAGGUGCAGCCUUGGCUUGAUCUGGUGAAUGACACCAUGAUCCUUGCGAAUGUGCGUCCUGAGGCUCGCGUUACCGCAGCUACUCGUGCAUUGGACGAGGUGGCCCGCAGGGCAGUGUAUGGCGCUAAGAAGCAGGCUCAGUGA